AUGACCUCCCUACCCCGCCAAAUCGUCCUCAUCACUGGCGCCAAUAGCGGCAUCGGCUACGAGACCGUCAAAGCCCUCCUCCAAAGCCCCAACCCCUACCACAUCUUCCUGGGCAGCCGGAACCCCGAGAAAGGCACCCAAGCAAUCACCUCCUUGAAAACCGAAUGCCCCAACACCACCAACACCGUCGAACCCAUCACCAUCGACCUCACCAGCGACGAAUCGAUCACAAAAGCCUACGAACGCGUCUCCUCCAACCCAGGACGCCUCGAUAUCCUAAUCAACAACGCGGGAGCAACAUUCGACCUCGCCCACCUCUCCUCCCCAACCACCUGCACCCUCCGCACCUCCUUCACCCAAGCCUACAACACCAACGUCGCCGGCCCGCACGUCCUAACCAACACAUUCAUCCCCCUCCUCCUCACCUCCCCCUCCCCGCGCCUCCUCUUCACCUCCGGCCUCUCGCACAUCACCCAAGCCAGCGAAUCCUACUUCCCGACACCCCCCCAACCACCCGGGUGGCCCAAACCCAUCAUCUUCGAAACAAUCGGGUACCGAUGCAGCAAAACCGCCCUGAACAUGCUCAUGCUCGACUGGAACCAUAAACUAAAAGCCGACGGGGUUAAAGUAUUCGGCGUGAUGCCCGGGUUCUUGGUGACGAAUUUGGGCGGGAACCCGGAGAUGGUGAGGGAGAUGGGUGGUGGGGAGGCGAGUAUUGGGGGGGAGUUUAUUCAGGAUGUGGUUAGGGGGGGUGCGAUGGGGAUGUGGGCAGGGUGGUGA